AAAACAUCCAUUUCCAGUAGCUAACAUACAAAAUGGAGGUGAUAAUUCCAGUUAAACAGGAGCCUCUUAAGUUGGGAUAUGAAUGCAAAGAAGCAGACACAGAAGAGAAGAGCGAGGAGGAGGAAGGGAGGACUGGCCUCCAUCUCAUGAAGUUCAAGGAGAAGUCAAGUGUGAACGUUAAGAAAGAGGACUGUGAAUGGGAACCUGUGCACCUUCCUGAGGAUAAUCCUGACAUUAAGGAGGAGGAUUGUGAUUCUAAGGCAGCUGUCAUUAAAGACAUCUCAGAGCCAGCAUUUAACAGCAUUCAUCUGCAGAAAAAUGAAACUGUAAGUCUGAAAGAAGAAGACCUUAAACAGGAGUCUGAUUCCCAGUAUGUGUGCCCAGAGGUAACUGGAUCAGGCAUCACUGUGAACAGUAAUCAGUCCAUCCUUGUGAAGUCUGAAUGUUUGGAGUCUGACAUGAAGAGGACUGAGAUAGAAUUGGGUUCAUGUCCUUCAGGAGAAGAUGGAGAAGAGAGUAACAACAUUUCCUCGUCUUCAUUUCUUAAAACCCCAUGUCAGUGCAGACCUCAGCAGCCACAGCAAGAUCAGAAUAAGAAGACAGUGACAUCUGGAUCAGAGAGUGUGAUGCCAGCUGCUUUACAGAGAAGUUGCUCUUCUGAAAGCUGUAACAGUAGCACUCUUGAGAAAUGCACAAGAAUUCACACUGGAGCCAAGCUAUAUUGCUGUCCUGAAUGUGGCAAACAAUUGUCUACCCGACGCAAUCUUCACAUCCACAUGAGAGUUCACACUGGAGAGAAACCAUAUAGCUGUUCUGAAUGUGGCAGGGAAUUCUCACGAACAAGUACUCUUCAAACACACAAAAGAAUUCAUACUGGUGAGAAGCCAUAUGGCUGUUCUGACUGUGGUAAACGCUUCUCACAAAAGGCCACACUUCACAAUCACUCAAGAAUUCACACUAGAGAAAAGCCAUAUUGCUGUUCUGAUUGUGGCAAAAGAUUUGUCAGUGCUGGUGAAUUAAAGAAACACAUAGAUAGUAGUGAAAAAAGGUCAUACUCCUGCUCUGACUGUGGCAAACAAUUCCCUAGCAGUUGCAGUCUCCAGAAGCAUGCAAAAAUUCACAAAAGAGAGAGGCCAUAUUGCUGUUAUGAAUGCGGCAAACAUUUUUUCUGCAGAGGUAAUCUUAAGUUGCAUGCAAGAAUUCACACCGUACAGAAGCCAUAUUGCCAUUCUGAUAGUGGACAACAAUUCUCCAACAGUAGCACACUUAAGAAAUGCACAGGAAUUGACACUGGAGACCAGCCAUAUUCCUGUUUUGAAUGUGGCAAGCAGUUUUCCACUGGACGCAAUCUUCAUGCUCACACAAGAAUUCACACUGGAGAGAAGCCAUAUAGCUGUCCUGAAUGUGGCAAACAAUUCUCUCGAUUAAGCACUCUUCAGACCCACAAAAGAAUUCACACUGGAGAAAAGAGAUAUAGCUGUACUGAAUGUGGCAAAAGAUUCUCACAAAAGAGUACUCUUCAGAGUCACACAAGAAUUCACACUGGAGAGAAGCCAUAUUCCUGUCCUGAAUGUGGCAAACAAUUUUCACAAAUAAGCAAUCUUCGCAACCAUAAAAGAGUUCACACUGGAGAAAAGCCAUAUUGCUGUUCAGAAUGUGGCAAAACAUUCACUAGGAGUGGCAAUUUUAAAAGACACACAAGAACAUUUGGAAAGGGGUUGUAUUGCUGUUCUGACUGUGGAAAGCAAUUCUCUGCCAGUUGCAGUCUCCAAAAGCAUGCAAAAGUUCACACCGGAGACAAGCCAUAUUGCUGUUCUGAAUGUGGUAAACGAUUCUCCUGCAGUGACAAUCUUCAGAAGCACACAAGUAUUCAUGCUGUGGAGAAGCAAUGUAGCAAUUCUGAUAGUGAAAAUCAAUUGCCUAAUGGCACUGUUCAGAAAUGCAAAAGUGUUGAUACUAGGGACAAGACAUAUUCCUGUUCUGAUUGUGGCAAACAAUUGUCUACCAGACGCAAUCUUCGCAUUCACAUGAGAGUUCACACCGGAGAGAAGCCAUAUAGCUGUUCUGAUUGUGGCAAAGGCUUUUCACAAACAAGCAGUCUUCAGGCCCACAAACGAAUUCACACCGGAGAGAAGCCAUAUGGCUGUCUUGAAUGUGGCAAAGGAUUCUCACAAAAGAGCACCCUUCAGAGCCACACAAGAAUUCACACUGGAGAGAAGCCAUAUUUCUGUUCAGAAUGUGGCCAAGGAUUCUCACAAGCAAGCCACCUUCGCAACCACAGAAGAGUACAUAAUGGAGAAAAGCCAUAUUUCUGUUCUGACUGCGGCAAAAGGUUCACCAGGAGUAGCGAUUUUUGGAGACACACAAGAAUUCAUACUCGUAAAAGAACAACUUCCAAAUGACCUUUGAACUUGAUCAGUGACCUUCAUGAACAUAAAAUUUGCAACUAGUGAAAAUUUUGAUCUUGGUAAAGAAUUAUGUCAUCAAAGAAAUAAACCCAAAAGAAAAAUAAACACCUAGAGAUAAAUGAAGUACAGAAAUGAAUGAGAAGAGACUAAAGCGGAACAUCAGGAAAGAAUACAUCCAUUGAACGAAGACAAUCCUCAGGAGUUACCUUGUAAUGCACAAUAAAAUUCAGGUCAUGAACUUGAUGGCCAUUUCCAUCUUGUCAUACAGCUUUGGUAUCAUAGAUUGGACAGAAAACUACUGCACACAUACAAAUUAAUAUAUAACACUCAAUGUGUCCCUAGAUUAUACAUUGCAAGAUGUGAAUUAGACAUGGGUAUGAUUGAAAUUGACUAUGCGCAAGGUGCAUAUGUCCCUUAUGAAUUCCUAAAACUAACAUGUACAGAAAGUAUUUCAACAUGAAGUCAAAACACAAAACAACCUCAAUUAUAAAGCUUAUUCAAGCAUUAUGAAGACACAUAUACUCACAGCUUGUGCACAGUCAGCAGCAGCACAACUGACUGCAAAACUAGGAGUUCAGAAGUCUUGACCAAUAGAGAAGGGAGAUGAACUAGAAAGAUGAAAGAUCACAAAUACAGGGGAAAGUAUUCAGAGUUCCUUCUCCAAUCUUAUGUGGAUCUGCACUUAACCAAUGAAUGACUUAGCAAAGGUGAACUGAAGCCAAGACGCACACUAUGACUGCACAGGGUACUGGCCUGUGCACAACAAGGUAACAAUGGAAAAAGAUGGCAAACCAAUAAGUACAGAUUGUGUUGGUUAGAGUCGGAAACAGUAACUCAUCUUAUUGCUAAGUGGUAGGUGCUGAUGGCCAAAGGAUUAUAAUAAUUCUUUACAUUUAUAUAGCAUUCUACUCACUACUGAAGCACUUUAGUGAGUGGGGAGCCACUUCAACCUCCACUAAUAUGUACCACCCACCUAAUUGUGUGAUGGCAGCCAUUUGUGCACCAGUACAUUUAACCACACAUGAGCUAUUAGGUGGUGAAGUGUGUGAGAGAGAGAGAGAGAUGGGAUUAUUAGGGAGCCAGAAUGACUAGGCCAAGGAGGUCAAUUUAGCUUGGAUAUCGGGAUACAACCUAUUGUUUACUAAAGAUGGCCAGGGAUUCUUUAUGACCACAGAGAGCCAGGACCUUGGUUUUACAUCUCAUCCGAAGCAUGGUGCCAUGUUUACAGCACAGUGUCCCCAUCACUGCACUGGGGCAUUGGGAUCCACAUUCAGGCAACAGGGUAAGCGCCCCCUGUUGGCUUCAACAACACCUCUACCAGCACCAACCCAAGCUUUUCCUAGAUUGUCUCCCAUGCAAGUACUGGCCGGGCCUGAACAUGCUUAGCAUCAGCUUCAGCUCUUCUGUAAUGCAUCUGAUACAAAAUAACCAGAUGAUUAUUAUGUGGGACUUCGUAGAGUCCAUUAUUCUACCUUCUGUCCCUUCCUACUUGUAAUAUAAUCUCUGAAAGAUGGCAAAUAGCUACUUACAGUCAAUCUUGAGAAAAUGUCUCCUUCAGGCCAAAGGCUGAACUCUUUAGUAUGUCAAAGAAGAUGUAGUAUCCACCAGCGGAAUCCACUGACAGCAGGAACGCCCACUGGGACUCAAUCAGUGAUCUCCUUCUCGUACUUACUACCAUGCUGAAUACAACAGUGCAGACCAACUUUAUACUAUAGAUGUACUCAGCAAGCCGCUGCUGACUUGAAAAGUUAAACUUGUUGAUCAAGAGGACUAGUUUCACAUAGACAACGCAAGGACUGUGGAGCUUAAAGAGGGUGCAGAGGAAGACAAUCCA